AUGUCUAAUUAUACGUUGAAAGGCAUAAUCGUUUACGGAUUUGCAAGACAAGUUUGGCACAACGAGAAGAAAUCUAUGAAACUUCCUGGGGAAUAUGGGCAGUGGAUUAAGACAUUUAACUACCCUGAGAAGAAUGUUGUUAUUCAGACACUUGAUGGGAGGAUUUUCAACGCGACAGGACAAUCUGCACCCACUCAACCGCGUGUUUGCACUUUCAAAACGUUUAUGGACUGUAAACCCCUUACCUUCAAUGGCACUGAAGGAGCUAUAGGCCUUCUGCACUGGAUCGAGAAGGUCGAAUAUGUGUUUGCUGUGUGUGAAUGUCCUGCUGCUAAUUGGGUGAAGUUUGCUACUGGUACACUCGAAGGGAAUGUGCUUUCUUGGUGGAAGGCGCAGGUUCAGAUGCUCGGAUUGGUGGAUGCCAAUGCUACUCCUUGGAAUGAUUUCAAGAAUCUGAUCAAGGAAGAAUACUAUCACAGGGAUGGUAUCCACAAGCUCGAGACUGAGUACUACGAGUUGAAAAUGGUUGGAUCGAAAAUCAAGACAUACACUAAGCAAUCUAAUGACUAUGCCGCACUAUGUCCCAACAUGUCUCAGCGUGCUUACCGAAGAAUCGAGCUGUAUAUCAGGGGUCUGGUCCCCGAAAUUCGAAGUCUUGUGACUUCAGCUAAUCUCCCCACAAUCCAACAAGUUGUUCGUCUCGCACACCGACUCACUGAUCAAGCUGUAGAACAGGGUAAGCUGCCCAAACGAAUCAGUGCUACUGCUGAAACUUUUGGAGAUAACAAACGCAAAUGGGAUGGCAACCAGGGCAAAGAUGCUAAUCCCACUCAGACCCCAGCCCAGCAAAGGAAGUUCAAGAACAAUAAGGGUCCUCAACAACAUGGUGGUUACCAAGGAAAUCGACCCAAGUGCAACAAGUGCAAUCGACAUCACAACGGGCCGCGUGAAAGGAAACGCUAUCAGAGAUGCAACAAACCAGGGCAUGAGGCUAAGGACUGUAGAAGCCCGUACCCUGCAAGGCAAAACCAGUCACAACAGCAGCAGGAGCAAGGAAACAACCAUGGAUGCUACCAUUAUGGAGCAGUUGAUGAUUUUAACGAAAAUAAAUAUAUGCCAAAAACCAAACUUCCAGCAAGAAGCUAG